AUCCUGUUUGUUGCCGCUCUGUCAUCUUAUUCUUAAUUAUAAAUCAUGGGGGAUGAGGAUAAAACAGUUAAACAUGAAGAUUUGGAACCAUCCACAGGGGUGAAUCACACAGCCUCUGCGUAUCAACAAACACAGGAGGAACCUGUUACAAACCAAAUAGGAUUAGAUGAAAGUGAAUCAACUGAAGGAAGUAGUGUUAUGACCAGCAGUGGAAAAAGACUACAAGAAACAUCAACUGAACCAAAUCAUUUGCAAAGACUAAGGCAAACAUUUGCUUGCCCUCCACAUGGCUUACUGGAUAAAGUCAUAACAAACGUUACCAUGGCUAUUCUCCUGUGGGCUGUAGUUUGGUCAAUCACUGGCAGUGAAUGUCUUCCCGGAGGAAACCUGUUUGGGAUUAUAAUCCUUUUCUAUUGUGCCGUCAUCGGAGGCAAACUUUUGGGGCUCAUCAAGUUACCUAGGUUGCCUCCACUGCCUCCUCUUCUUGGCAUGCUGCUUGCUGGGUUUCUCAUAAAAAAUAUCCCUGUCAUCAAUGAUAAUGUACAGAUCAAGCACAAGUGGUCCUCUGCUUUGAGAAGUAUAGCCCUGUCUAUCAUAUUGGUUCGUGCUGGCCUUGGGCUUGAUUCAAAGGCCCUGCAGAAGUUGAAGGGUGUUUGUAUGCGAUUAUCCGUCGGUCCGUGUCUUGUGGAGGCAUGCACAUCCGCUCUUCUUGCCCACUUCCUGAUGGGUUUACCAUGGCAAUGGGCAUUUAUACUGGGUUUUGUUGUAGGUGCUGUCUCUCCAGCUGUCGUGGUGCCUUCAAUGCUCCUUUUGCAGGAAGGAGGAUAUGGUGUUGAAAAAGGUGUCCCAACCUUACUCAUAGCAGCUGGCAGCUUCGAUGACAUUCUGGCCAUCACUGGCUUCAACACAUGCUUAGGCAUGGCCUUUUCCACAGGCUCCACAGUUUUUAAUGUCUUCAGAGGAGUUUUGGAGGUGUUAAUUGGUGUGGCAGCUGGAUUUCUUCUUGGAUUUUUCAUUAAGUACUUUCCAAGCAGUGAUCAGAGCGAACUCAUAUGGAAGAGAGCCUUCCUUGUCCUGGGGCUCUCUGUGCUAGCGGUGUUCAGCAGCGCGUACUUGGGUUUCCCUGGGUCCGGAGGACUCUGCACAUUGGUCAUGGCUUUCCUUGCAGGCCUGGGAUGGGCCAGCAAAAAGGCAGAGGUUCAAAAAAUUAUUGCAGUUGCCUGGAACAUCUUUCAGCCCCUUCUCUUUGGUCUGAUUGGAGCAGAGGUAUCUGUUUCAUCUCUCAGACCAGAAACUGUAGGCCUUUGUGUUGCCACCUUGGGCAUUGCAGUAUUGAUACGAAUUUUGACUACAUUUCUGAUGGUGUGUUUUGCUGGUUUUAACAUAAAAGAAAAGAUAUUCAUUUCUUUUGCAUGGCUUCCGAAGGCCACAGUCCAGGCUGCAAUAGGAUCUGUAGCUUUGGACACAGCAAGAUCACAUGAAGAUAAACAGUCAGAAGAAUAUGGAAUGGAUGUGCUGACAGUGGCGUUUUUGGCCAUCCUCAUCACAGCCCCAAUUGGAAGUCUACUGAUUGGCUUGCUGGGCCCCAAGCUUCUCCAGAAAGCUGACCAUCAAAAUAGAGAUGAAGAAGUUCAAGGAGAGACUUCUAUACACCUUUAGAGGUGAAAGGAAAGAAUGCUGAAUGUGAUGAUUAGAAAGCUGCAAACAGAGGCUACUUUUAUCAAGAUGAAUACUGAAAUAUGUAAUGUGUAAGCUUAAAAUGAACAGAACCAAAAGUGUGACUAUUUCUUUAAACAGCAUUUGUAGCCAUUACCCUUUCCAUGUGGAUGGUGAUGUUCUGCAUCUCCAA